AUCACGUAAGACACGCGACGCGUUGUUUGGCAAAUUCCUGCAGUCCAAACUUCUGUCCCCUUCUGCAGGUACUCCCACUACUACUCAGCGGAUGAAUGAACACCUCGUCGUUUCGAAUGGUUCAUUGAUCCACAAUGCCUUUCUCGCUGGAAUAUAUGAGCCCUAAUGACGGAGAUAGAAAAGCUCCAGAUAUCAAAUGCGGUGCUUAUUGAUAUCAGCGACGAUAGCGGAAAUGAUGCUGCUUCAUGAUGAAUCACGCCCACAAACGAAUAUGUAUCAUUGGCGCAGGUCCGUCGGGACUAGCGGUGUUGAAGGUUAUCCUCGAUACAGAGGAGUUCAAGACAGGGAUAUGGCUUCCAACGGUAUUUGAAGCUCGAGACAAGAUUGGUGGAGUAUGGUAUCCUGCACUUCCCACCGAUAGUCCUCCUCUGACGCCGCUGUAUGAUUCCAUGACCACAAAUAUCCCUCAUCCCGUCAUGGCUUAUACCAGCUUCCCUUUUCCGCCCUCCACCCCCGUAUUUCCUCCCGCUGCGACUGUUGAAACUUACUUGCACGAUUAUGCCGCUCACUUUCACCUCAUUCAAAAUAUUCGGCUAAACGCGCGCGUUGAACAUGUAGAGUGGAACCAUGCAGCAAACUGUUGGCAUGUUCUCGUGCAAGGCGAGACACUUGAUUUUGAUUUAGUCGUCGUUUCAAAUGGUCACUUUCGUGUACCUCGAUAUCCGGAUAUCCCUGGUUUGGCGGAAUGGCUGGAGAACGGGAAAGCAUCUCAUUCGGCUUGGUACAGAAACUCACAAAGCAUAGGAGAUGCCUGCACGGUUGCUGUAGUUGGCUCUGGCCCCAGCGGUGUCGACAUAGCUGCAGAGUUGCUUGCAUCCGGAGUGAAAGUCGUGUAUUCCGUGAACGAUUGCAUUCCAGAAACAACCGCCACUUUUAGGAAACGUGGAGCUAUCACACAUUUUGGUGACGGAAUAACUUUCGUCGAUGGUACUAUUGAGCGUAAUGUAGAUCAUUGCAUCCUUGCCACCGGCUAUCAGAUGUGUUGUCCCUUCUUCUCUCCUGCGACCUUGCAGAAUGAGUCUCCUCCCUUAUUGCCGUCGAAUUUAUACAACUCCUCAUACCACCUUUUUCCUCUCGGCAAACACAUCUUCCCCCUCCGAGGAGACUUCCUCCAUACAAGCCUCGCUUUUACUGGCCUCAUACUUCGAGGAACUCCAUUCUCGUUGUUUGAAGCACAGGCAUAUGCCAUUGUGCGGGUGUUCCGGGAUCCAAAAAGCCUUGACGAGGACAAGGAGAUGGCCGAACUUCUCGAGCGUCAGCUGAUGGUACCUGCUAAGGAUUGGCAUAGGCCAACCGAAGCUGAAGCGUUUGAUUACCGCGACGGGCUGUACGAGUUUGGGGGGAUGAGCAUGCGAGUGGAACCAUGGGAGAAAAGAAUGUGGGAGUAUAAAGUAGAGUUGAGACGAGAGUGGAUGAAACUUGUGCGAUCGGGAGAGGCAUUUUCCUCGGUUCAAGGCAUUGGCCAAAAUGGAAGCCAUGAAUGGGUGGCGCUUCUUGAAAGCAUUCUUCAAGGAGCGAACUAGAGCAUAAAAGAGAAGAGAUUACGCACUUUCCAUCUCAACAUACACCUCUGCGCGUCUGUCAGUCCCAGCCAGAAAUCACCAUCAUUUUUUCGCUCAAAAUAAACUCUUGGAUUCAACGAGAUCUUUGCGAAGUACAAGUAUAGGCUCUUACCCGUCCCCCUUGAC